AGAAAAGAGUCUUUGCUGGCCUAUGAAAUUAUUUCAUUCUUGUUCUUCUAAGUACAUGAACAAGGAAAUCUCAUGUGUGCAUGCUUUUCACUCCACAGAUAAGCACAAGGAAAUACAUGGCUUCUUCUUCCCUCCUUCUCCCACUCUCCUUCUUCUUCUUCUUCUCUUUCUAGUAACAACAACAACAAGAAGUACACUCUUUCUAUGGUGGUCAGAAUCAUGGAUGAAAACUCUACUGAGUUUGUAGAACUUGAUCCUACUGGAAGAUAUGGCAGGUACAGUGAAGUUCUUGGCAAGGGAUCUUCAAAAACUGUUUACAGGGCUUUUGAUGAGUAUGAAGGGAUUGAGGUGGCAUGGAAUCAAGUGAAGCUCAGCCACUUCCUUCAAAGCCCUGAUGAUUUGGAGAGGCUUUAUUGUGAGAUUCAUCUUCUCAAAACCCUCAAACACAAGAGCAUCAUGAAGUUCUUCACUUCCUGGGUUGAUGUCUCAAAGGGUAACAUCAAUUUUGUCACUGAGAUGUUCACUUCUGGCACUCUCAGACAAUUUAGGCAGAAACAUAAGAGAGUGAACAUUAGAGCAGUUAAGCAUUGGUGUAGACAAAUAUUGAAUGGCCUUCUCUAUUUGCAUAGCCAUGACCCUCCAAUUAUCCAUAGAGACCUUAAAUGUGACAACAUCUUCAUCAAUGGCAAUCAAGGGGAAGUUAAGAUAGGAGAUCUCGGCCUAGCGGCCGUUCUCCGCAAGUCUCAUGCUGUGCAUUGUGUUGGAACACCAGAGUUCAUGGCUCCUGAGGUUUAUGAGGAGGAAUAUAAUGAAUUGGUCGAUAUUUACUCUUUCGGUAUGUGUUUGUUGGAGAUGGUAACAUUUGAGUAUCCAUACAGUGAAUGUACUCAUCCUGCUCAGAUUUACAAGAAAGUUGUUUCGGGUACUAAACCGGAAUCUUUGUAUAGAGUGAAGGAUGUGGAAGUGAGGGAAUUCAUUGAGAAGUGUUUGGUUUCGGCUUCUCAUCGACUUUCUGCAAGAGAGCUUUUGAAUGAUCCUUUCCUUGAAAAUGAAGUAUGUGUGAAUGGAGGAGAUGUUUUUCAAAUGACUUCAAUUGUGAGACCACCUCUAAAUGAUUUUCUUCGGAGUGAUUGCUCUUUGAUUGAAAAUGGAUUCCAAUAUGGUACGGAAUAUGAAUUAGAUGAUGUUGAAACGUUCGGUAUCAAUCUCUUCAGUGGCCAAGAGGAUGAGCCUUUUGUCAAUGUGGAUAUCACUAUCAAGGGAAGAAUGAAAGAUGACGGGAGUAUUUUCUUAAGACUUAAAGUUGCCGAUAAAGAAGGCAAAGUACGAAACAUUUACUUCUUGUUUGACAUUGAAAACGAUACUGCAUUGAGUGUUGCAAUGGAAAUGGUUGCCGAAUUGGGCAUAACAGAACAUGAUGUAACUCGAAUAGCCGAAAUGAUAGAUGGUGAAGUAUCUUGCUUAGUCCCCGGAUGGAAACCCGGUCCCGGGAUCGAAGAAACAUCAAGACCAUCAUGUUGUACAUCUUUAUGCAUUAAUUCUCAGUGUGCCGGAGUGCACGGUCGAUUCGAGGAGAUAACAUAUCAAGUAGAAGACUCUAACAACUUUGUGACUGCUCAUAGCUUAUCUACUGAUUCUCAAACAUCAUCGAAAAGUUGCUCGGAAAACUUGAAUGAGAGUUUAAAGGCAAUGUUCUCACAAUUCUCAUCAGAAAUCACUGAAAAUCAUUGUGAGAAUAGUUCAGAGGCCAUGUUUACAGCCAAGAGCUUUUAUGCUAAAAGUCUUUUACCAAUUUCUCACAUGAGAACAAGGUCUCUUCCUGUUAAUGCAAUCAAUGUUUAGGAUGAUUUAACUUUGGUUUCAUUACUUGUAUUUAGUUUAUAUA